GUUUCCGGGUUAAAGAAAGCUGCAGAAUCCAAAACCACACCACAACAACGUUUCUAUCGCAGACUGCCUGGUCGGCACGUUUAAAUUUCUAUUCUUGCUAGAUGUGGUAAACAAAUACGACUGGUUCAUUCAUAGAUUAUCCAUAAUAUUGCUAGUUCAGCUUUGGACACUACUGGAUUAUUGUUGAUGGCGAGAAUCUGUGACAAAAGUUAAUUUAUCACCAUGUUUGUUCUUUACGAAACUCCGGCUGGUUAUGCCAUAUUCAAGCUUCUGGACGAGAAAAAACUCCAAGAGAUCGACAACCUUUACUUAGAAUUUGAAUCACCGGAAAAAGCCAAUAAAGUCGUUAAAUUGAAGCAUUUUGAAAAAUUUGCCGACACAACUGAAGCUUUAUCUGCUGCUACUGCUGCUGUUGAAGGGAAGCUUUCUAAAUCGCUGAAGAAAACCCUGAAGAAACUAGUUUCUGAUGACGUGCAAAAUCAACUGUUGGUAGCUGACGCCAAAUUAGGUAGUGCCAUCAAAGAUAAACUCGCAUUACAAUGCGUUUCAAAUACAGCGGUUCAGGAGCUUAUGCGGUGUAUCCGAUCCCAGUCUGAAAGUUUAUUGUCCGGAUUACCAAAAAAAGAGAUGGCAGCCAUGGCAUUGGGGUUGGCUCAUUCACUGUCACGAUACAAACUCAAAUUCUCGCCGGAUAAGAUCGAUACCAUGAUUGUGCAGGCACAAUGUUUACUUGAUGACUUGGACAAGGAACUCAAUAAUUACAUGAUGCGCGCUAGAGAAUGGUAUGGAUGGCAUUUCCCAGAACUAGGCAAAAUUCUAACCGAUAACAUUGCGUUCAUAAAAACGAUAAAAUUGGUCGGCACCCGUGACAACAUGGCAACCACUGAUUUGUCCGAUAUCCUGCCGGAGGAGCUAGAAGAGAAGGUCAAGGAAGCUGCGGAAAUUUCAAUGGGUACUGAAAUUUCAGAAGAGGACAUUCUGAACAUACAGAACCUAUGUGAUGAAAUUCUCUCCAUCAACGAGUAUCGCACACAUUUGUAUGAUUACCUGAAGACACGAAUGAUGGCAAUGGCUCCAAAUUUGACGGUAUUAGUGGGAGAAACUAUUGGAGCACGCCUUAUUGCGCAUGCUGGAUCCUUGGUAAAUCUAGCUAAACAUCCUGCUUCAACUGUACAAAUAUUGGGUGCCGAGAAGGCUCUAUUCAGAGCAUUGAAAACAAAGAAAGAUACACCUAAGUAUGGUAUCAUAUUCCAUGCCAGUUUGAUUGGAUCAGCAAGCGCAAAAAACAAAGGCAAAAUUUCACGAUCCUUAGCUGCUAAAGCUUCAUUAGCCACUCGUGUUGAUGCUUUUGGCGAGGAUGUUACCAUGGAACUUGGUACGGAGCAUCGUGCCAAGCUAGAAAUGCGUUUGCGCAUGCUGGAGGAAGGCAAUUUGUCAAGACUUUCAGGUACUGGCAAAGCUAAGGCAAAGCUCGAAAAAUAUCACUCUAAGAGCGAAGUGAAGGUAUUCAAAGCUGGAGAAGACAGCACUCUACCAAUCGGUAAAAAGCGGAAGCUUACCGAAGCUGACGAGGAUGAAGAAAAAGUAGAGAUUCCUAAAAUAAAAGAGGAACCAUCUGACGAAUCUGCAGGCCAGGAUGGGUCAUCGAAAAAAAAGAAGAAAAAGAAACAAAAGGAAAUGGUAGACGAGCAAAUUAUCAAGAAGAUUAAAACAGAAGAUGACGAACCAACCAGUGAGAAGAAGAAGAAAAAGAAACGAGUGAGUGAAUCCGCAACAGCAGAAGAAAUGGAAAGCAGUCUUGUCGUAGAGGAGCAAACAACUAUUACGACACCAAAAUCAGAGAAGAAAAAGAAGAAGAAAGUUAAAGAAGAAAAUGCAUGAUUUUGCGUUUUACUUGUGAAACAUUGUAUUCCUAUUUUAAGGAAUCAUAAAACAUUGAAUAAAUAUGAAUUGUUUUCAUUAAUAAUAAUUAA